AAAGUGUUAAAAAUAGUGGUUGCAUCCAGUUAGUCUGGUUGGCAUGUUAGGAAAAUAAUUAAAAUCAUCACCUGCCAACCCAGAAAACGUCUCCAAAAAAGUAGAAGAGAAAGAAAAGUUUUAUUAUCGAAUAACAGUUAAACCAGAAUGCAAUGAGCAUUGCAAGCAGUCUGCUGAAGAGAUUGUAGAGACGGGGAGAAGGCUCACCCUUUUUGUACAACCCAUCACACACAGGUUCUCUAGGUAAAUGAUCACAUGUCACACACAGUCCAUCCUAGAUUUACCUGGUGACUGGAGUGGCCAUCAGUGUAGCUAACUGCCUUUCCCCAAAGAAAAAACUAAACUUUUCAUAUCUUUAUGACAUUCCCCUGGCGCCCGGGGUGGAAAUCCGCCAAUUAGGCUCCAAAGAGAUGGCCUUCCAGGUCCCUAAGCAAGACAUUCUUGGGUUGUUAAACGGGGCAAAGCUUCUUUAGCUUUAGGAAAGAUUAACAUACAUCUCAUAGGGGCAGAGAAUUUACAAUGACAGGUUUUCUAAAGUAAAUGCUCUCCGAAUAGGGGUUGGGAAGUCUCUCUUCUUUUUUCCAUGAGGGAGAAUUAGUUUUUCAUUUUUAACUUACAUUUGCUCUUACAGGUGUUUAAGCCCAUAUCCCCCUAGAGGUGUUAGCUACUCUCAGUACAAGCUCUGGUAAUUUGCAGCAGGGGAGGCUGAGACCAGGCCUUUGAAGAGAGGGGAGGGACCCUGUAGAACCGCUGGACAUCUGAGUCCCACCAACUCUCCAAGCAGCUCCUCAGGCCAUGGCCCUCAGGAACAAGAUGCCUCAAGUGAGGUAAGGAAGGAGAGGCAAUUUCCGGAGCGUCAGGACAGAGAGAAGGCCCAGACCAGCAGAAUUCCCCAAAGCAGCAGAAAAUGAUCAUGCCACAGAUAUCAUUUGAGGAUGUGGCUGUGGAUUUCACAUUGGAGGAGUGGCAGCUACUAAAUCCCAUCCAAAAGAACUUGUACAGAGACGUGAUGUUGGAGAACUAUAGCAAUCUAGUGUUCUUGGGUCAUGAAAUUCUCAAACCUGAUGCAGUUUUGAAGCUGGAGCAAGAAGAGCCCUGGAAAAUAAAUGAAGAAAUUCUAAAUCACAACUUCUCAGAAGAACUCUGGCUAGAUAAUAAUGUCAAAAUGUGGCACCACAAUAAUCAAGACAAGCUUAAAAAUAUGGAGAAAGGCCAUCAAUAUGUUUUGGGGAAAAUAUUUCAUUCAAGCAUUAACUUUGUUCAUUUAGGAAUGAGACUCCAUAAAUGUGGCACAAGUGAAAAAAGUUUGAAUCAUCCUUUUGAUUUUCUUAUUCAAAAAAAUAACCAUGGAAGAAAGAAACUUGAGCUCAAUAAGAAAUUGUUAUUCUAUAUCAAAACUGACAGAACCUUUGGUGGAAUAAAGUACUGUGAUUGCAAUAAAUGUAGAAAGGCCUGCAACCAAGAUUCAUGGCUCAUUACAAACCAUACAACACACAGAGGAGUCUAUUUAUGCAUGGAAUGUGGUAAAGUUUUUAACAAGAAGUCACAGCUUAUUAUACAUCACAGAACUCAUACGGGAGAGAAGCCCUAUGGAUGCAGUGAAUGUGGGAAAGCCUUCUCACAAAAGUCACUACUCACUAUUCAUCAAAGGACUCAUUCAGGAGAGAAACCAUAUGGGUGUGGUGAAUGUCCAAAAGCUUUCAGUAGGAAGUCACUGCUCAUUUUACAUCAAAGAACUCAUACAGGAGAGAAGCCCUAUGGAUGCAGCGAGUGUGGAAAAGCCUUCAGCAGGAAGUCACAGCUUAAAAGACAUCAAAUAACCCAUACAAUAGAGAAACCCUAUGGCUGUAGUGACUGCGGGAAGUCUUUCUCCCAGAAAUUAAAGCUCAUUACACAUCAGAGAACGCAUACAGGAGAGAAACCCUAUAAAUGUAGCGACUGUGGCAAAGCCUUCUUUUGGAAGUCACAGCUCAUUACUCAUCAAAGGACUCACACAGGGAAGAAACCUUAUGCAUGUAGUGAGUGUAAAAAAGCCUUCAGCAGGAACUCACUCCUUAUCAGGCAUCAGAGGAUUCACACAGGAGAGAAGCCCUAUGAAUGCAGUGAAUGUGGUGAAGCCUUCAUCAGAAAACCACAGCUUAUCAGACAUCAAAUCACUCACACAGGAGAGAAGAACUGUCAGUGUAGCGACUGUGGGGAAGCCUUCUUUAAGAAGUCAGAGUUAAUAAGACAUCAAAAACUUCAUUUAGGAGAGAGACCCUAUGGAUGUGUUGAAUGUGGUAAAACCUUCUUCGGGAAGUCACAGCUUCUUACACAUCAGAGAACUCACACUGGAGAGAAACCUUUUGAAUGCAAUGAAUGUGGGAAAGCCUUCACCCAAAAGUCAAGCCUGAUAUCCCAUCAGAGAACUCAUACAGGCGAGAAACCCUAUGAAUGCAGUGAGUGUGGGAAAACCUUCAGUGAGAAGUCAAGUCUCAUUCAUCACCAGAGAACCCAUACUGGGGAAAAGCCCUUUGAAUGUAGUGAAUGUAGGAAAGCUUUUGCCUGGAAGCCACAGCUUCUUCGGCAUCAAAGAAUCCAUACAGGGGAGAAACCCUAUGCAUGCAGUGAAUGUGGGAAAGCCUUUGUUCAGAAAGUACAGCUCAUUAAACAUCAGAGAAAUCAUACAGGAGAGAAAUCUUACAGAUGCAGUGAUUGUGCAAAAGCUUUCUUUGAGAAGGCACAGCUAAUUAUACAUCAGAGAAUUCAUACAGGAGAAAGGCCCUAUAAAUGUGGAGAAUGUGGAAAAUCUUUCACUAGAAAGUCACACCUUAUGAGGCAUCAGAGAAUUCACACAGGUGAUAAAUACUAUGGGUGCAACGAAUGCGGGACUACCUUCAAGAGGAAGUCACAGCUCAUGAUCCAUCAGAAGAAUCAUGUAAUAUAGAAACCACAUGAGAGCAGUGAGUAUGGAAAGGCUGCUAGCAGAUGUCAUGCCUCUUAUUGCUUCUGAGGAUACACACACAGGACAGAAACCCUGUCAUUGCAGUGACUGUUGGGAAAAAAUUCUUAUUGGAAAGGCAGUGUCACUAAAAAGAAUUCAGAGAUUUUUUAAAAAGUAGACAAUAUAAGAAAGCCUUCUCCCAGAAGACACAACUUAUUACACAUUGAUAGCUCAUCUAUCAAUAACAGAAACUUUUGGUCAAAAGUGAAAGCUUGUUAAAUAUUUAGAAGACCUAAAUAGGUCAUAACAAAUGAGAGGAAGAUUUCAUUCAGGGUAACAUACUUACUAGAGAAUGUGUACAUAUGGGAAAUACUGAGUAUUAGAGACUUCAUAGGCAGAAGUAGUCCUAGUAGUUGGAAGAACUUUAUAAACAUCAUACUAUUGAAAUAAUUCAGUAACGAAGUAGUUUGUUGUAUACAAAUUAUAAGAGAUGGUCAUUUUUAAAUGGUAGAUAUGUUUUAAGUGUGAAGACAUCUGCUUUCUGCAGUGGUGGCAGAUCAAGGACCAAAUUAACUCUCUGGCCUUAAACAGCUAAAAACUGGUGUUAGACAUGUGACAAGCAGAGGUUUGUCAUCGCUGGCAGAAGGUGGACAAAGUGGUGGCAGUUUCCAGGCUGCAGUUCAGGGAAGGGAACAAGCAUAGUCCUGCCACGUUGAAUAGAGUUGCAGAAUUGGCGUUUGGGGAGGCCAUGGCAAUAGCAUUUGCAAGGAAAGCACUAGAGGGGAAGGAGCCUCCCAGGGAGAGGACUGCAGAAAUGGACAUGUUGUCCUGUGAGCUGAUAAAGUGGGCUGGAAAGCAGUAGGCUGAGCAGUUCCUAGAACUCAUUGCAGGGCUGACAACAGUUCCCACCCGCCACAGUAGAAACAGCUUUUAACACAUGGGCUUCAGGUAGAAUUCCCGGAAGACUGUUGCCUUAGUAGUGUGGUAAUUAACCCUAGAUUAAAGGCUACUUUGGACCCACAAUGUCUGGCAUGCAAAAAGGCAGGAAACUGUGACUUGUAACCAGUAGAAAAAUAAUCAGUAGAGACAUAGAAAAGACUGUGGUUAGAAGUGGUUGGAAUUAGUAGACAUGGAUGUUGAUAUAGCUAUUAUAAAGCAGAGGAAAACAUGAAUUUGAUGAAACUUGAAGUGGAAGAUAUAUUUAAAAGCCAGAUGGGGCUUCACAGGGUGAGAAUUUCUUAAAAUUAAAAAAAAAAAUGUGGGUGGAA